AAACCAAAUCGAAUCCUAUCUCCAUUCUUGUCUACUUCGAGUUCAUUUUCCUUCUCUUUUCCCUCUAAUUUCUACGCAUUUACCUUCGCUUUGUUUUGGCCUUGCAUGUGUGUAGAAAUGACUGGAUCUGCCUUUUUCUUUGUCUAGAUCAGCACCUUGGGUAAUCUCCAAGCGUUUUCGUUGCUCCUCUUUUUCUUGAUGAAACAGCGAGGAAAAUACUUUAUCUACCUGUGCAAUGAUCUAUUUAAUUCACCGUACCUCUGCUCUCCCACAUAAACUGCAAUUCCCAUCAUAAAUCGCGUUCAUUUUGCUUUUUCUUUGUAAAUUUGAACGGGUUGUUAGGGUUUGAAUUGCAAUCAAUGGCAUCUUCUUCUUCAUCUCACCAGCAAAAUCAGGAAUUUAAUGCUUUCUCUGUAAUGGAACCUGGCGGCAAAAGAAGGAAAGUUUGUGAAUCGACAAAAUUGUUUGAUGUGUUCAUCAACCACAGAGGUCCUGAUGUCAAAGGAACUUUGGCUACUCAGCUAUACAAUUCUCUUCAGCAGUUGCGAAUAGCGGCGUUUCUUGAUUCCCAAGAAAAGGAGCUAGGAAAUUCAUUUCCAUCUAUCAUUGAGACGGCCAUCCGCUCUGCUAAGGUACACAUAGCCAUCUUUUCCAGAAGAUAUGCAGAGUCAUCUUGGUGUUUGGAUGAGCUAGUUCUCAUGUUAGAAAGUACAGCCAAAAUUAUCCCCGUGUUUUAUGAAGUGGAGCCAUGGGAACUUCGCCACAUUGAGAAGGGAGUAUACGCGGAGGCAUUCCUUAAAUAUGAAGAGAAGGGCAGAUACCUGGAGAAGCUUAACACGUGGAAGGAAGCCCUUCAGUCUCUUUCAUUUACCGCUGGGGAAGAAUUUAGCAGUGAUUGGGAUUGCCAAAAAAUAGUAGCAGCUGUGAAAAAAGAAGUACAAAGGAAAACAUGUUUACAUGUUGCUGAAUACUCAGUGGGGCUGGACAUUCUUGUGGAAGAUUUUGAAAAGAGAUGCCUUGAUGAGCGUGUACAAGAUUUUGAAAAUCAGUGUGGACAGGAAGAAGGGAAGCAUAAGGCUCAGGUAGUGGGAAUUUUUGGCAUGGGGGGAGUGGGGAAGACAACUCUGGCCAAAGAGUUGUUUAAUCGAAAGAAGUUGAAUUACACAAGAGCAAGUUUUUUGUUUGAUGUGCGAGAAAAGUCUGUGAGAAGCGAAUUAUCUUCAUUGCAAAGUACGCUCAUCAAAGAUCUCUUUGACAAAGAGAUCAGUUUCACAAAUACAGAGCAAGGAACAACCUGUCUCAAAGAUUGUCUACGAAGGAGCCCCCUUUUAAGCGUCUUAAUUGUUGUAGAUGACAUCGAUCAUGUGGACCAGUUAAAUGCUCUGGCGGUGAUGGAUAUAUUAAAGAGUUCUGAUAAUAGUCUGGUUAUUGUCACAACUCGUGAUGCUGGUGUGCUUAUAACCACAGGGAUUACUUUGGGUUAUAAUUUAAAAGGUAUGGAUCGAGAUUAUGCGAGAGAACUCUUCUGUUGGCACGCCUUCGACCAACCCAAUCCAUGUAGUGGGUAUGAUCUACUGGUUAACUCCUUCGUAGACAAGUGUGGAGGCUUACCUCUGUCACUUCGGGUUCUGGGCAGACAUGUUCGUAAUAAACCUCACAGCUAUUGGGGUUCCGAAUUGAAUAAAGUCAGUAAGUCGCUGCCUCGGGACGUUAAGAAAAAACUGUUAAUAAGUUUUGAAGCAUUGGACGAUGAAGAGAAACAGGUUUUCAUGGAUGCUGCAUGCUUUUUUGUGGGCAAACCAAAGAGUAUAGCUGAAAGAAUAUGGGAGGGAUCAGGAUGGGACGCACAACAUGCACUGGAAGCACUCAAAGAUAAAUGUCUUGUAGAAGAAAUUGAGACAUUGAGUCUGAAUAUACAAGGAGAAAUUGAAUUGAGAAUGCAUGACCAUCUGAGAGACUUGGGAAGAGAAAUGGCACUUGAACUCAGCCCUCCUCAUCGCCUCUGGCGUCCUCAAGAUCUCAAAUCUUUGAAAUUAAUGGGUUUCAAAAAUAUCCUCGCCAAAACCAAUAUCAGGUGUUUCAGUUCUUUUUUUGACGCGUCCAUGGGUUCUCAAGUUACAUUCUUUCUAGGCCAGUCAAAUAGUUGCCUUGAGGCGUCAGCUUCUUUACUAUGGCUCCAGCUUGAGGGGAAUUCCAAAGAACAGCCAAGCAUUCCUUCAUGGAUCCCUCUUCAAAAUUUGCAUUAUCUUAAAAUCUUGAAACAGUUCAAAACGUUGCGGGAGAAUAGAAUGCAGGCACCGUCCCAGUUGAAAGAACUGCAAAUUUCUCAAAUCUCUUUAAAAGAGUUUCCAGAUUUUAUAGGAAUAUCAGAUAAUUUAGAAAAUGUGUUGGUAGAUGCCGGAGGAUUUCUAAUCCAAGACUUGUCGUUACUAGAAUCUCUCAGGAUGAACCUUUGUAGUUUAUGUCUGAGGUUUUCCAAGUUAAAGGGGCAACAGGGUUACACUAAAAGAGGAGAGAGGAUUCUGUGUGAAUCUUUAGUUAUCGACAACUUCAAAUUUAAUGGGGAAGUGGAUUGGAGUAAUGGACAGGCUCCAAUGAGUGGCCUUGAAAACCUGGAAAUUAGCAAUGAAGAAUCUGUAUCCAAUAUCUUAAUUUGUGGGAUUCACUAUCCAAGCCUUAAGUUUAUCAAACUUCAUUAUAUGAAAAAUCUUGUGGAAAUGGAUUUAACAAGGGUGAGGACAUUAAAUUCUCUUGAUAUUACAAAUUGUCCAAAACUCAAAAGAUUGGCAGCAACAUCUGAUCCAUAUCUUAGGAAUUCGAUAAGUGUGGCAGAAAUUCAAGAUCUUAGGAAUGUUGCAGGAUCGAAGGUUAAAAAUUGUACGGAUCAUUUUAAUAUUGUAUCAAGAGAAUUUGGUCUUAGGAUGCUGGCACAAUUGUAUAUUAGUGAAUGCCAAGAGCUUGAAGAGCUAAGGCUUGGACAUCUGAGCUGCCUGAAAAAAAUCACUAUUGAAAACUGUAUUCAUUUGAAGUCCUUGUGCUUCAGUGGUAUGAAGUGUCUGGAGAGCAUAACAUUUCAGACAAAUGUGAUGGUGAAAUAUUUUGAGUUGGAUGAUUGUCAAAAUUUGAAAACAAUGCAGUUUGGUUGUGAAGAGCUUGUAGAGUUAAGCAUUCGGGGCUGUCCUGAGCUUAAGAAGUUGCCAGAGUUUAAAGGUCUAAAUUGCUUAGAGAGGAUUGUAAUUGAUGGAUGUGGGAAGGUAAAAUAUCUUCAGUUAUAUCAUUGUCGAGUUUUGAAAAGUGUGUCCGGUAACUCUAUUAGAUGGUUGCAUAUUACUACUAGUUGUACUGAGCUCGAGGAGUUGCCAGAUCUUUCCGGAAUGAGCUACUUGGAGGAAAUUGAGAUUUCUGAGUGUGAGAAGAUACAGAACAUCAGGCUGCCAUCAACACUCAUCCGCCUGUGUGUAAAUUAUUGCGGAGAUUUGCAAACAGUGGCAGGAACCGGUGAUAUUCUGGAGCUUAUAGAGUUGACUAUUAGUGACUGUCCUGCGCUUGAGGAGUUGCCAUGUCUUUACAGAGUGAACGAAAUGGAGAAAAUUAAGAUUUCUGACUGUGAGAAGAUACAGAACAUCAGGCUGCCAUCAAGACUCAUCUGCCUGUGUGUAAAAAAUUGCAAAGAUUUGCAAACAGUGGCAGGAACCGGUGAUAUUCUGGAGCUUAGAGAGUUGACUAUUAGAGGUUGUCCUGCGCUUCAGGAGUUGCCAUGUCUUUACAGAGUGAACGAAAUGGAGAAAAUUAAGAUUUCUGACUGUGAGAAGAUACAGAACAUCAGGCUGCCAUCAAGACUCUUCCGCCUGUGUGUAGAUGAUUGCGGAGAUUUGCAAACAGUGGCAGGACUCGAUGAUAUUCUGGAGCUUAGAGAGUUGACUAUUAGAGGUUGUCCUGUGCUUGAGGAGUUGCCAUGUCUCUACAGAUUGAACGCCAUAGAGGAAAUUGAGGUCCGUAGAUGUGAGAGGAUACAGAGCAUUAGGCUGCCAUCAACACUCGUAAGUCUGUUUAUAGAAAGUUGCAGAGAUUUGCAGAGAGUAGAAGGAAUCAGUGAUCUUCUGGGGCUUAGGGAGUUGACUAUUAGAGAGUGUCCCGAGCUGAAGGAGUUGCCGAGUCUUUGCAGGUUCAGCUUGAUGGAGGAAAUUGUGAUCGACUCUUGUGAGAAGCUGCAGAACAUGGCAGGUAUUGAAGAGUUGCAAGUACAAAAAUACUUGAGAAUUGCUUGUUGCAGCAAUGCACUAAUACGGAAUUCCAUUCACAAGCUCAAGAGUGAACCAUCACCGGGAAUGUUUAUGAUUGGAAGAGCAGUGGAUGGAGCAGAGUCAUGUUUAAACGAAAAUCUGUUUGCUGACGCUAAUAUUGGCGUCCGUAGAGUGAUUGAAAUUGAUACUCACGAAAUUUAUUCCGAGUCGUCAGAAGUGAGUGUAAUUUUUUUAUGCCUUGUGGUUGCAGUUGACAGCAAUACUUCGGCAUGGGUCAAAUCACUUAUAUUCCAUCUACCCUUGUGCCUUCUUCCUGAAGAUUAUGGUCCGCUUGAAUUGCGUGAAGGAGAAUGGGUAAUUACAAUGGUACGCCCAAUGGUAGCCCGUGAUGAUUGGCCUAACUUUUCUCUUCUCCGUCCAUUGUUUGAUUCUUUGAGGAGAUGUAGAGUACUGAAGAAGGGGAUUUGGGUAGAGCUAAAGAAAGAUGAAAUGUGGAAAAGUGUGGAAGUGCUUUCUACAAUUGUUGAUAAGUUAUAUCAUUCAUGAAUUGAGUUUUCAUUGCAGUCUUCAAAUA